UCGCUCUGUGUUGUCGCUUUGGUUGCCAGCUUUUUCCACAUAGACGGUACAAUUAUUAUGAGCAUACAAUAAGCACUCUUGCGAAACAUGAACCGGUUAAAACAUGUUUCCAUGUCAUUUUGCGUGGGGUGCAGCGACUGCAGCGUAUCAAAUUGAAGGCGGCUGGCAAGCAGACGGCAAGGGUCCAAGCAUCUGGGACACUUUCUGCCAUGAGGGGGGACGAGUGUGUGGGGAGCACACAGGCGAUGUAUCCUGCAACAGCUAUGAAUUGUGGGAAAAAGAUCUGGCGUGCAUCAGGCAGCUUGGACUGACCCACUAUCGUCUGUCUCUGUCCUGGGCACGUCUCCUUCCUGAUGGGACCACGGGGCAUGUCAACCAAAAAGGUGUGCAGUACUACAACAAGGUCAUUGAUGACUUGCUGUCAAGUCACGUGCUCCCUUUGGUGACGCUGUACCACUUCGACCUGCCUCAAGCCCUCCAGCACCGAGGUGGAUGGAAAGCGCCCGUUGUGGCCGCCAUCUUUGACAGCUAUGCCCGCUUUUGCUUCCAAACGUUCGGCGACCGCGUCAAACUUUGGCUCACUAUCAACGAGCCGCGCGUAUGCGCCAAGUUGGGCCACGAGGACGGCGUCCACGCUCCGGGGAUAAAAGAACCGGGAACAGCGGCAUACCUGGUGGGCCACAACAUGCUGCGAGCCCACGCCUUGGCUUGGCACAGCUACGACUCCCUCUACAGGCCAACGCAAGGCGGAAUGGUGUCACUUGCGAUCAAUAGCGACUGGCUCGAGCCGCUACGCCCCGACUGCGCUGAUGACGUCGCCGCUUCGCAUCGCUGCCUUGCGUUCACUCUUGGAUGGUUUGCCUGGCCGCUGUUUGUCACAGGGGAUUAUCCCGAAACGAUGAGAUCUGCCAUUGACGCUCAAAGCUGUAAAGUGGGAUAUAACGGCGAGUCAAGACUUCCUACUUUCUCCAAACAUGAACCUCCUGUGUUUGGCACUGCGGACUUCUUUGCCCUGAACUAUUACACAUCCCGAAAGGUCAAAGCUGAGAGGAAAUGCGAGAAGGGGAUGUCCAUGAAGAGCGACCGGGAUGCGGAAGAAGUCUUGGAUCCGGAUUGGACUAUUUGUGGAGUGUCAUGGCUGGCUGUGGUGCCCUGUGGCUUGCGGAAGCUCCUGAAGUACAUUAAGGACACUUUCCAUAACCCGGUGGUCUACAUCACUGAAAACGGCUUCUCUCAAGUGGGACCGGUGGUAAUGGAAGAUUCUCAGCGUGCUGACUUUUACAAGGACACAAUCCAGGAAGUGGAAAAAGCAAUCAGAGAAGACGGCGUCGACGUCCGCGGAUACUUUGCAUGGUCACUCCUGGACAACUUUGAAUGGGCGGACGGAUUCAACAACCGCUUCGGAUUGUUCCAUGUGGACUUUUCGGAUGCGGGGAGGAAGCGGAUGAUAUACUGCUCAGGCUUGGAGUAUGCAAAGCUGAUCUCAAAAUACAAAGCCGUGCACCCUAAAUCUAUUUAAGGAACAAAUCACCUUUUAAAUAAAUCAGUCAAUUCAAAA